AAAAAACCCACACUUGGAUUUUAAUACUCAUCGUUAUCAAAAAAAAAAAAGAGAAGAGAAGAAUCGCGAUGAUUUCCACCGCUUUGCUGCUACUGGCCCUCCUCUCCUCGGCCCCUGUCACAGUGGCGAUCCUAUUCGGGGAGCCCAGGAUAUUUGGAGAGGAUGCUACUGGCUACGGUCCAAUUUUUGAGGAGGAGCCGGUGGAUGUGGUCUACACCGAGGACUCCCCCGAUGGAAGGAUCUCGAUGAACUGCAGGGCACGGGCCAACCCGCCGGCCUCAUACAGAUGGCGCCGUGACAACUGGGAGAUCAAGCUGAUGGAGCAGCCGGAUGAACACUACAGCCUCGUGGGGGGCAACCUGGUCAUCACCAACCCGAAGCAGAAGAAACACGCCGGCACGUACAUUUGCGUGGCUUGGAACAUCUACGGCACGCUCAUCAGCAAGGAGGGACGGGUCAAGUUUGGAUUUCUGGAGGACUUUCCUCAAGAAGACCGAGAUCCCGUCACCGUAAAAGAAGGCCAGGGUGCAGUUCUGCUGUGCGUGCCCCCCAAAGCGUGGCCAGAGGAGGUGUCCUACCGCUGGAUCUUCAACGAGUUCCCGGUUUUCCUCAACAUGGACCGCCGGCGCUUUGUCUCGCAGAGGACCGGCAACCUUUACAUCUCCAAGGUGGAGGCUCAGGACGCCGGGAACUACUCGUGCUUCGUCUCCAGCCCCGUCCUGGGGAAGAGCGUCUUCUCUAAGUUCAUUCCCCUCAUCCCGUUGCCGCCAGAAGACGGUGAAGAGAGAAAAUACCCAGCAGACAUCAGAGUGAAGUUCCCGGAUACGACAGCACUGCUGGCGUCCAACAUCACGCUGGAAUGCUUUGCUCUGGGGAAUCCCAUCCCUCACAUCGUGUGGCGGAAAGUGGACGCCACCGACCUGCCCGCGAACCACGAGAUCGGCGAAUCGGGCGCGGUGCUGCACCUCUACAACGUCCAGUACGAAGACGUGGGGGGUUACGAGUGCGAGGCCAUCAACACCAAAGGGAAGGACUGGCACAAGGCCUGGCUCUACGUGGAGUCUGCCCCGGAGUGGGCCGAGACCAUCAACAACACCCAAGCGGACAUCGGCUCGGAGCACACCAUGCGCUGCGUCGCAUCGGGGAAGCCGUUCCCGUUCAUCCGCUGGUACAAAGACGGCUACAUGUCAGGAAAAGGCGAGCUGAAGUUCUCCAGCCUGACCUUUGCCGACUCCGGGAUGUACCAGUGCAUCGCCGAGAACUACUGGGGCAUCAAAUAUGCCAACGCCGAGCUGCGGGUGAUCGCCUUCGCCCCGACGUUCGACUUCGACCCCCUGAAGAAGCAGCUUCUGGGCGCCCGAGACGGCCGCGUGCUGAUCGAGUGCAGACCUCGGGCGGCGCCCAGGCCUCGUUUCGCCUGGACCAAGGGCAAAGAGUUGCUGUUCAACAGUUCACGCAUCUCCGUCAUGUCUGACGGCACUCUGGAGAUCCUCAACGCCACCAAGAACGAUGAAGGCUUCUACACGUGCUUUGCUGAGAACGACAGCGGGAAAGCCAACAGCUCGGGUUACCUCUCGAUCACCGAGGCGACCAGAAUCACGGCGGCUCCCGAGGACACGGAGGUGAAGGUGGGCGACGAGGUGGUCCUGCCCUGCGCGGCCUCCUAUGACCCCACACUGGAUAUCACCUUCAUCUGGGCCAUCGACUUCCGGGUCAUCGACUUUGACGCCGAGUGGCAACACUAUGAGCGCAACAUGAACGAAGAGGGCAGCGGCAACCUGCGGAUCAAGAACACCCAGAUCUGGCACGAGGGUCGCUACACGUGCACGGCUCAGACCGUGGUGGACAGCGACACAGCGUUUGCGGACCUGAAAGUCGUCGGUGUCCCGGGACCUCCUGGUGUGAUCCGAGUGGAGGACAUCGGCGACACAUGGGUGAAACUGUUGUGGACUAAAGGAGCUGAACACAACAGCCCCAUUCUCUACUACAGCAUUCAGACCAGGCACUACUGGGCUCUACACGAGGACGACUGGAGGAACGCCAGCACCUUGCCAGCAUUGCUCGACGGGACCCUGGAGCAGGCCAAAGUCACCGACCUGUACCCCUGGAUGGAGUAUCAGUUCCGGAUCAUCGCCACCAACGAGUAUGGCUCCGGCGAGGCCAGCAUUCCCUCCCUCAAGAUCAAGACUUGGGACGCUCGCCCGGUGGUGCCUCCCACCGACGUGCAAGGUUACGGCAGUCGGAACGGCGAGAUCAUUAUCACGUGGACGCCCGUGCAGCCGUGGUAUUUCUACGGCAAGAAGUUUGGCUACGUCGUGGCCUUCAAGCCUCACAACGGAUACCAGUGGUGGUACGAGACCAUCUCCGACCCCGAGACCAGGCGUUACGUUCACAAGGACCCCUUCUUCCUCCCCGGCGACGCAGACCUCCUGGUGCGAGAGUUCCAGGUGAAGGUCAAGACUGUCAACGUGAAGGGAGACGGGCCGUACAGCCCCAUCACGGUCAUCUUCUACCCUCGGGACAUACCCAUAGAGUCUCCGACAGACGUCUAUGCUCGCCCGGUGUCGUCCACCGAAGCGUUGGUGUGGUGGCUCCCGGUGGUCGACACGGGAACGGGCCUCCAGCAGUACAUCGAGGGCUACCAGGUUAAAUACUGGAGGAAGUACGACGACGCGGAGCAAGGAGCCAACCGCAUCUUCGUCAACGCGGCGAGCCACACCAGGCUUGAAAACAUGCUGCCCGACUCGCAUUACCUCAUCGAGGUGCGCGCCUUUAACGGAGCAGGCCUGGGCCCGCCCGGCGAACACUGCGAGAUGUUCACCAAAAGACCGCCGCCGGCGGAGCCCCCGAGGAUGUGGCGCUUCAUCUCCUGGACCGGAAAGUGGUUGUACGUGUGGUGGGAUCACAUCACGUACGACUGGUUUGGCAACGUGUCCUUCCCUCUCUAUUACAAGGUCAUGUUCCGGAAGACGGGCUACAUCUACGGGAAGGUCUACGUGACCGGCUGGCACUUCAUGGACUUCCCCAUGCCGCAGUUCGGAGACUACGAGCUGAUGGUCCGCGGGCGCUACGAGGGCGGCGACGGCCCCAUCAGGACCAUUGAACUCCUGGGUAAGGCCUCCACGAGCGCGCCUUCGCUCGGCCUCGUCGCCGCAGUGUCGCUGGCGCUGUGCAUUGCGCGAGUGUAGCGUCGAGCUAAGAGAUUCCAGCUUCGUUUCUGUAGUGCAAAAGACGAUCUGCCUCGCGCAAAUGUCGCAAACGCUUUUUUUUGAUUUGACCGGUUUGGAGUCA